AUGGCUCACCACCAGAGUCAUCCUUUCACGAGCGCCGACUCUAUGCAGAGCCACCUACGUCGACUAGCGUCCAACAACGCGCAUUCCGCUUCAGCAGCUCCCAGAUCUACAUCUACCCAACCUCAGACAGUUCCCACAAUGAUGGACCAACAAAUGACGGUCCCCAGUGAUGCCCCAAAGGGGUCUUUGCACCCUCCAGCUCCAUCUUCAGGUCGGAAAGGGUCCAAAAAGGUUCGGACUGGAUGCAUCACUUGCAAAAUUCGCAAGGUAAAGUGUGACGAGGCCAGGCCUGUCUGUGUCCGCUGCACCAAAACCGGUAGGAAAUGCGACGGGUACCUUUCCCCUCGGCAGUCGUCCAACAGAAACGGCAGCGGCAGGGCUAUUUCCAGCUCGGAAGUCAUCCGUUUAAGUCCUCCCUUGUCGCCUUUCGCCGACUGGGUUGGUGGAGUUCGUGAGCAGCACGCCUUUGAUUUUUACCGUAGCUUCUCAGCCCCCUCCAUCUUCAGCGAUGACAGCAGCAGCUCGACGCUGUGGAAGAAGCUGGUUCCUCACUUUUGUCAUGCUGAGCCCGCCAUCCGCCAUGCCGUGUUGGCCAUCAGUAGCCUUCACGAGUCGCUCUCGCUAGCCAAGCCCGUCAACACCGAGUCGAAUGAGGUUCCGGCAACCGAGAGAUGGGGCGGGGUGCCUUCCAACACAUUUGCUGCGGAGCAGUACGGAAAGGCGCUGAAAUCUUUGCAGGAGUGGAAGCCAACCGAUUCGACAGCCAUUACAGUGCCCCUGUUGGCCUGUCUGCUAUUCAUCUGCAUUGAGUUCAUGCUAGGCGACGAAGAUGCCUCGCAAAUCCAUAUAAAUCAGGGCCGGCUCAUUCUUUCCCAAAUCGGCUCCGGAAUGCAGAGCGGUGAUGUGGACGUCAUCAAGAAGCACUUUGUACCCAUCUACAGCCGACUGAGCUUGGCUUCUUUCCUAUUUGGAAGUAAUCCUGCCGAGAUACCCUCCAAUCUGCGCUCCAGCUCCGCGACAAACCUAUACUUUGUGUCAGUUGAAGAGGCCGAGGUCGCGCUGUACGAGCUCAUCGAUGAAGGGCUACGGUUAAGCAAAAAGGCCAAGGUGGCGGUGUACUCGCGACCGAGAGAUGAUCCGAUACUGCAGUCGCUUCAACGGCAACAGGAGGAAUAUCUCGCGAAGCUCAAUCGGUGGCAUGUCGCCUUCACUAUUGUUGCGGCAUUGCACGAUACGAAACGAUCUGGGAAGAUAUGCUUGGUCUACUACCACACUGCAAAGAUCUAUGUCAGCACCGCGCUGUCGCCCUUUGAGACGGCAUAUGACGACCAUAUAUCCUCUUUCACCGCCAUCAUCAGUCUUUCAGCUGAAAUUCUUCAGUAUUGCAGGAAGUCUGCCGAAAAUUCCUUAAUUGCGUCUAUGCCAGUACCGAGGUUCAUCUUCGAUACAGAGAUCAUCCCACCGCUUUAUUACACCAUCGUUAGGUGCAGGCAUCCGAUGCUGAGGCGUACAGCAGCGGAGCUUCUGAGCCAAGACGCUAUCGCAAACCGGAGAGAGAACUUAUGGGACGCGCACAUGUCGGCAGAGGUUGGCAAACGGAUCAUGGCCAUCGAGGAGAACUCGGUACAUCGCGAAGCAACAGACCUUGAAACGACGAAUUGGGAUACGACAUUUCAGAACAGCCUCGAAGAUUCCGUCAACCUCUAUCCUACAUCUGAACUGGCAAGUGAAGUUAGCGUGCCGUACAUGCAAUACCCACAAAUUCCAAAAGCCAUGAAUCACCAGUCAAACAUGGCGCAUGAGUUAGCGAAGGACUUUGCACAGAGCAGGCAGGAUACGCCCGGGUCUGUAUCUACCGGAACAUCGACAGUAUCAUCGGGUAGUGAAAACAGCUGGGCCUCAAGUCGCCUCGAGCCACCGUUUGAUCUACCCGAGUAUGCGAGGGUGAAGAACACACUGAUAGACCACGAGUCGUUACGUGGCAGCUGGAUAACCAUUUUUAUGGACCCUGAGGAGGCAGGUGCACAGCAUUGGAAGAUUACAAAAGAGUUUGUAAAAGUGCGGUGA